UGCAUGUGUGAAUUUUCCAGCCGUCUGCUGGCCGACUGGAAGGUGUCAAGGGGGCUUCUGUUUCUGAGGUGAUAGCUGGGGGGUGGUGGGGAGGGUGAGUGUAUGUGGUAGGAAGCUUUGAAGUGUUCUUUCCCCUCUCAAACGCAUAUAAAGUAAUACUUGGGGGGGCUACUAUCAGAUAUCACUGAUCAGUCUUUGCAAGCUGAAGAGAUGAGAGCUGCACUGCUGUGUCUGACUGUAAUGCUGCUGGCAGCUGCCGUCUGCCAAGCGAUUGGGCCAGGUUCAUGUGAAUGCCUCAAGACUUCAAACACGGCUCUCCGGAUCUCGAAUAUAAAGAGUUAUUAUGUGCAGAAGUCAGGUCUCUGCCUCAUUGAAGCUGUUGUAUUCACUACUGUGAAAGGAGUCAAGAUUUGCUCAGACUCACAGAAGCCCUGGGUGAAAAGAGCCAUGAAGGCAGUGGAUGGAAGAAGGACGACCGUUUCCUCAAAAGCAGUUCCAGCAACUACUGCUUUUAGGCCCACAUGGAAGACAACAGCUGCGAGCUGGCCCCCGCACUGCUGUCUAAAAAUAUCAAAUGCAAGGAUACCAGCGAAGAGAUUUGCAUAUUAUACAGUCUACAGUGCAGGACUUUGCCCCAUCAACGCAGUUGCUUUUUGGACGCGUAAAGGCCGGAAGCUGUGUUAUGAUCCAGACCUGGACUGGGUGAAAAACGUUAUGAAGACAGUAGGUCCAAGAAGCAGCUCUGCUCCAGCAGCCUCGAAACCCAAGGACAACAGGAGAAAAGGGAAGAAACAAAAGGUCAAGCAGAAUAAACACUCUCCUCUGGUGGCAUGCCCUGGAAGGGAAGAGCUGAGGGGCCUGAUUGUUAGCCAGUCAGCUUCCCAUGGAAUUUUUUCUCCUGAUCCUGGAAGGAAAUACUUGGGGGGGCUACUAUCAGAUAUCACUGAUCAGUCUUUGCAAGCUGAAGAGAUGAGAGCUGCGCUGCAGUGUCUGACUGUAAUGCUGCUGGCAGCCGCCGUCUUCCAAGUGACUGGGCCAGGUUUAUGUGAAUGCCUCAAGACUUCAAACGCAGUUCUCCAGAUCUCAAAUAUAAAGAGUUAUUAUGUGCAGAAGUCACUUCUCUGCCUUAUUGACGCUGUUGUAUUCACUACUGCGAAAGGAGUCAAGAUUUGCUCAGACCCACAGAAGCCCUGGGUGAAAAGAGCCAUGAAGGCAGUGGAUGGAAGAAGGACGAAUGUUUCCUCAACAGCAGUUCCAGUGACUACUGCUUUUUGGCCCACACUGAAUUCAACAGCUGCGAGCUGGCCCCCGCACUGCUGUCUAAAAAUAUCAAAUACAAGGAUACCAGCGAAGAGAUUUGCUUAUUAUAGAGUCUACAGCGCGGGACUUUGUCCCAUCAACGCAGUUGCUUUUUGGACGCGUAAAGGCCGGAAGCUGUGUUAUGAUCCAGACCUGGACUGGGUGAAAAAGUUUAUGAAGACCGUAGGAAAAGGAGAAGCAAAAUACACAACCCACAGAAGCCCUGGGUGAAGGUCAUGAAGGCAGUGGAUGGAUGCAGGAUGACUAUUUUCUCAACGUCAGUUCCAGGAAUAUGAAAGGGGAUAUGGAAAUUAAUGGAACAUCAACUUCUCACACCCCUUCUACUGCACCAGGUCAGUCUCUUCAAAGGAUACAUCCCAAACACUUGAAACAACAACAGAUAUGACGGCAAGCCUGUUCAGAGAAACUUACUGCCUGCAGAAGACUGAAGACUAAAGACCUCUUUCUACAAAACACUCUCAUACGGCCACACUUACUUUAAAUUAAUGUGUUUACAUAGAGUACUGCUCAACAGUAAGAGACCAUGCUUCAUUUAUUUAAUCACUUUUUUAAUUUCAUGCAAAACAGCCAUUUAACCAUUAUUCAUUUUUC